AUGACGCUGAGACCACUUCGCCCAUCGCAGAGCACCCGCCGUGUUGAGGAUAUAGAUAUAGAAGACGAUCAUACAGGUCAAGACCCUAGCGUGGAGAGAAGGUCAGGUCCAAUCUCCACGCCGACGGCUUUACCAAGAACAAAGCCUGCCACAUGCUCUCAGUGUAGGGUACGUAAGGUUCGUUGUGAUGGACGGGAGGGUCUCUGCCAGAAUUGCGAUCGCCUCGGCUUUGCAUGUUCGUUCCAGCAGUCGCCGAGUCGGCCGCCAGGCCGUUAUCUAAAAUUACCCGAGCGUCGGAGACGGUUGCAGGCGUGUAUCCCCUGCCAUUUGAAGAAAACACGAUGUCUCGGUGAGAUUCCCAGCUGCCUCAAUUGCACUCGCAAGGGCAGAGAGUGCGUAUACCCGACUGCUCGAAAACAUGCUUCCGCCUCUACUCCGGACCGUGGCCCUGAGUUUCCCCUACGAGAAAAAGAGAUCUUAGAGACACCGACAGUCGUCCGCGAGGAUUCUUCAACCCGUAGAUUGGGCGUAAGCGGGGAUGGCGAGACGAGAGCGGAACCUUCCUUGCCCGACGCGGCAAUGGUUACGAAAUAUCUAGAAGACUACUUCACAUACUUGUAUCCUCUACCCUCAUUCGCGUUCCUUCAUAAACCCACCGUUACCAGACGAUGUCGCGACGGCACCGUUAACGAGGCACUCAAGUUGGCUAUCUGCGCCGUCACGUCGUUGCACCUCGAGCCCACAGCACGUUGCCAUACCAUCUGGGCUAAGAAGGCAGAACAACUCAUCCUUCAGCACAUCGGACGUCCAUCUAUCUUCCAUCUACAAGCACUACUACUAGUCGUCCGCUGUCGAAUAGAAGGCGGCGAGUUCCCCACUGCCUUUAUGCUAGCAGCCCUCGCGGCGCGAACAGCCGUUGCAUUACGGCUUAACUACGAGCGUGCUGAACUAGCCUUUGUAGCCCAGGAGGCCCGACGACGACUCUUCUGGGCGCUAUACAUCCUCGAUGAUUACUUCUGCGUCGGACUGCGCGAGUUCGAGCUUCUGCCCGAAGAGACCAUAUAUCUCCAGCUAUCUUGCCGCGAGGAGAUAUUCGAGGCUGGCCAGCAGUGUCCGACGGGAAUGCUUCGACCGAGCGUAUCCGACAACGUCGUGGCUAUGGGAUUGCGUGGAGCGUAUUUGCGACUCAUUUCGACUCGCCGGGCUAUUAUGAGAUUUAACAGACGAGUCGGCCUCGGCGAGGAGUCUUUGUCGACGAUCAGCGAUCGUAUCCAGCAAUUCGAGCAGGACCUGGCGCGUUUGCAAGCCGCAUUGAUUCCGGAACACCAGUACUCGGUUUCGAAUCUAGCCUCGUGCGCAUGGCCAGCACAAUUCGUGAUGUUGCAUAUUUCCUUCUACCAAUGCCACUGCGAUAUAUAUCGCAUGUUCUUGAAUGGCUACAGCGAGGCAGCUCCAUCCGGGCUACUUGCGAGCAUUCGUCCCCAGGAUUGCGCCACCAUGCAAGCACAAUGUCUCGAACAAGCCGAGAACAUCAUUCGGAUUCUAGGGGAUUUCAUCACGAGCUAUCCCCGCGGCAGCAGCAGCCAAUUGCUAUUCCUCGAGCGUGACGCAGCCGUCUGUGCAUUCGAGAGCGCGCGUCUCGUGAUGUUCGGAUCACGGCUUCCGUGCGCAACAUCUACGCUCGAGGCAUCCAUCCAUAAAGCACGCCAAGUCUCGCUGUAUCUCAUUACCGAGUUCUUCCAGUACUCGGCUUCAACACGAUCGCUCAGUGUGGCGCUCGAAAAUCUGAUAUCAAGCUACUCGAAACGUCUAUCCGAACAGGCGCAGCCGCAAAUACGAGCACAAGAUACACAUACCGAGCCAGAGCCAGAACCAGCGGCGCCACGGCGGCCGUCCUCCAAGAUAUCACGGCAGGCAAGCUCGCGCCAGCGCCUAUCCGUACAAAGUCUUCUCCUACAAUCCGAUUUCGCCGACGACAGCCACGAGAUCGCCGGCUCGUUUCCAGUAUCCCAUGCGCUUGGUACUACGAAUCCGAAUCCGCGGACAACGUAUCCGUUGCUGUUGCAGACGAGGACGGCCCCGAGCUUAGGAAUCACGGGAAGAGGAGAUACAGGCACGGAUGCCGGUACCUUCUCACCUCUGCCUACUUUAUCCGCAGCUGGCGUCCGGAACAUCACGACACCAGGGACCCUGACACCGCCAUCAUGCAACAACUAUAACCAGCAAUCCCAACCCCUGCCGCAUCGUCAGCAACUACCGUUAUCCCGUCCAGCUUCGUCUUCCCUAUGGGACGUGGCCAUAGACGCACACCGGGAAGACGCCGGUCUCAUAUUCAACCCAUGGAUGGGCUUUACAGGGACAGAGGAGUUCUACGGCCUGUCACAAGGACUGAGCGAAGAAUAUUAA